AUGUAUGACCUAGGAAAUAAGAACAAAUUUGAUGUGAAAAAAUGCAUAAAGAAAUAUAGAGUGUGCAUAAUUUUACACGUGCUCCUAGCUGGCCUGCAGUUACUUACGCCCCGCCCCUUCCUGUUUAUGUCCCAUUUGUUGGUAGUUGUCAUUGGGAUCGACUGCUUCUGCUCCUCUUACUUAACGUUUAAGUACUUCUGCUUCACAGUUGUAAAUAUGAUAUGCGGGAUUACUGACUUUAUAUGGCUACUCUUUAAGUGUAUAGGCAAAAAUCGGUUUAAGUGGUUAGACCCACAGCACUACUGGAAGAUAAUUAAUGUCGAUAACCUCUUUUUGGAGUUCUUCUCAACUGCGUUACACUACAUGUUUGAAGAGAAAAAAACGGAUGACUCUACUCAAAAUGUGCACAAGAAACAUGAGUAUAUUAAAAAUUUCUUUAAAUUAUUACCAGUCCAGAAAAAAACAUAUGCAUGGAAAAUUUACAUAGAGUUAUUUAUUAUCCUAGUUGGCAUUUUCUUGUAUUUUAUUGGCUCAUACAUCAGUUGGCAGCUCUACAAGUACACGUUAAAUUAUAACCAAAAUGAUUUAUUGUUAAGCAAAUAUCAUUAUGGUACCUUCCAUGAAGAGAAUAGUAAAACCUCGCCUACCACGCAGAGUGAAUUUAUUCCCUUCAUUGGACAGCCAUACAGAAUAUCAGACUUUUUGGAGAAAAAU